UAUACCAUACCAUAUGAUCCCAACCCGUGCUGCCCCAUCUUGUCCCAUCUCAUCUUACUAUCCCAUGCUGUGCCAUCUCAUCCCAACCCGUCUCAACCUGUGCCAUGCCGUCUUGUGCCAUCCCAUCCCGUCCUGUGCCAUCUCAUCCCAGCCUGUCUUAUCUCGUCUCGCCUUGUCCUGUCUCGCCUUGUCCCAUGCUAUCUCAUCCUGCGCUGUUCCAUCCUGUGGUGUCUCAUCCCAACCUGUCCUGUCCCAUCUCAUCCCGUGCUGUCCUGUCCCGUGCCAUCUCAUCCGAGCCCAUCCGUCUUCUCCCGUGCCAUCUCGUCCCAUCCUGUCCCUGCAGCUGUGCAAGGCAGGGCUCCCCCAAGAGAAUGGGCUUGUAUAAACAGAAAGGGGCAAAAGUGGCUCCUGAAGUAAGCGGCCGCCUCCCUGGUUGUGCUGAUGCCAUUGGGACACAGAUGGGAUGAGAAAAGAUAUGUGUCCUGCACUGCAAAUGGCCUCCUGUUCAACAUUUAUUGUUUGCUAGUCUGGAGUCGGCUUGGUGGAUGAAGAAGAUGUUUGACAGAUUUAAACCAUCUGAUGAAGUUUCUGCUUCUUCAGCACAAGGAGUUGAAAGACAUGGUGUUGAAGGCUCUCUGCGACAGGACAGCAAUAGCAGCUAAACAACUAAUCCCUGUUAAAGAGGAGAAUUGCCUGGCGUGCAGUCCAGCUGCUGUCCAGGGAGGAUUCAGAUGGCAUUCACAAGCGUUCUGUCGUUGUUUACACGCAAGAGGGCAAGAACAUCCUCGGCCUGGAGUAUCCACUGUGCAGAACAGACAGGGAUACUGCAACUGUUGUCACAUACACUACAGUAAUCUGGAACAGCAUGUUUUCAGCUCCCAGCACAGACAUUUUACCACUUACUGUAGGAAUCGUAUGGGUACCAGUAGCUUGAUGGAACGUUUCCUGCAGGAUGUUUUACAGCAUCAUCCCCACAGAUACCAUGACAGCAGACCAACCUAUGAUGACAUGCCACUCCCUGUCACUCCAGAGGCUGCUGGGAUUGCUGGUCCAUCCUCACAAGAGAUGGAGAAAAAGGGGAACAGAAACACACAGGAGAUUUCCAGCCAAGAACAGGAGUCUGUUGGUGAAAUACGCUCUUCUGCUCCAUGCCUGUCUCAUAAGGGCACAAAGAAAACUUCUUUAACACAAGCAUUCACUCAGAAGCCAAGAAGAGGGCAGGAACACGUUCUGAGAAUGUCACAGCAGUCUAUGGGCAUUUGUAGCAGUGAGAAACGGGACAUCCUGAAAGAUGCUCAAAUUGCAAGUCAUAGCCAUGAAGUCCAGCUUACAACUGUGAGCCCUGUAUCUCAGCAGUUUUCUGUCAGUCCUUUAAUCCAUAGUUCUUCUGUGAAUCCUAAGAAAAAUGUUAGGAAUUUGGCAACAUCAAAUCUAAUUCCACGUAGUGGAUGUGAUAAAAAAGGAAUGGAGGUACGCAAUAGUGAUAUGUUAUUGAACUCAUGCUUGAAUCCUCCUCCAGCGCUGGUUCACCCAAAACACUCUUCAGUUUCUCGUCAGAAUCCUAUGUGCAGCUACAGCAAUUCUUUAUGUAUUACCUCAGGUCAAUCUCUCUCAAAACGAGAUGGUUUUCAAACUCAGGAUGAAACUUUGGCGUCUGAUUUCCGUCUCAGGGAUACUGGGGGUAUCAGCAGCUCCCUAGAUCUUGGGACAUCCCCACAACUAGCAAGAUGCAAAAACGUGAAGGCAAACAGAGGUGAUGAAAGUUCAGUGGAUGAAACUAUUGAAGAUGUUAUUUUGAAAUACUGCCAUGGAACGACAUCUGAAGAUGUCUAUUUCAAAGAAGAGAAUAAUCCCUGUUUGACUUUUUCAUCACUUCUGGACCAUACUCAUUUAGAGGGCUCUGAAAUGAGUUUUGACUGUGAUGCACCUAUUCAGGCAGGAAGAGACUUGCCCAAGGCAGCUGUAAAAGAUAUAGCACUCCUAAAAGAGGUCCAAAUAAGUCUGCAGGAUAAAGACUAUGGAACACAGCUCUCUUCUGUUUUAAAAAGUGAGUCAGUAAAGAAAAUAGAAGCAGUGAAACAGGAUGUCGUAGUUCGUACUGAAGAACCAGUUCUUCCAGCUCUGCCUCAUGUGCCUCCUUCUUUUGUGGGAAAGACUUGGUCUCAAAUAAUGUAUGAAGAUGAUAUAAAAAUUGAAGAACUUGUGCGUGAUUUCAGGGAAGGUCGUUUUCGCUGCCACUUUGACAGUGAAUCUGCAGCCAACUGUACAGGGAGGAGAAUGAAGAAAAAAAGACGGAAGGAUGAAAAGAAGAGUAGUAUUGCUGAGGGUAAUGGAAAAGAAAGUGCAGCAGUUAAAGCACUGCCAGAAUUUAAUGAUGCUUUAAGUGGUGACUCUGAUCUUGACCCAUGUUUAGCCUCAGAUACACUAUGCAACCCACAAAUUCUUAAAAUGCCUAGAAAAAGGACAUGGCGCCUGGCUUCAAGAUGCCAGGUGGUUAAAGUCAGCCAUGGCACCCAAACAAGUCUAUUGAACUACCCUGUAGCCAAAAGAAAAAUGUCUAGAAGGGAAUCUGAUCCAGCUGAUCAGAAAGCCAGCAUCAUGUGGCCAGAGAACGAAAAAACUCCAAACAUGAAAACUAGACUAUGUGCCCUUAAACUUCCUGAAUCCUACAGCAAGAUUAUGAGUCCUGUACAGCCUAAGACGGUGGUGUAUGUACUUUCAUGCCCAGAGGUAAAACAAUGUAAAAGUAAACCUAUAGAUGUUCCUAAAAUGAGGAAAAAUCGUAACUCCACAGACAGCAAGGACUCUGUAAGGUACAAAUACAAACAGUGUUCUCUGAAGUAUUAUGACCCACUGACAAAUCGAAUUCUGAAAAUGCCUCCGAAGAGUACAGUUGGAGAAAGGGCCAAAAAGCCCUCCCAUGUUCGACAGCUUUUCAGAAGUCUCAGCUUUGAUGCAAACACGAGGAAACAAGCUGAUGCACAGAGAGAAAGCAUGCCAUCAAAGCCACUUAGUCGGUCAGACUUCUGUAGUUCACCUUCAGCAUCUUUCCUGCUAGAUCCAGGUAAAGGGAAUCAUGCAGCCUCAAGUCAAAAGGGAGAUGGUUCUUCUGAUUCCACAGAAAGAACAGAUUGUCUGGUAUCUGCUCACGUUGAGAGCUCUUUUAAACACCUGAUCAUUUCACCUUUGAACUCUCACCAGUCUGCGGUAGAAGGAGAUGGCAGAUUGACUCCAUUUAAGAGGGUCACCAAAACUCCUCUGACCCCCAUCAGGAGUGAGCAGUUAGACAGGGAGAAUCCAAAGGCAAUGUGGAAGAGAAAAGAAGGCACUAAUAAAGAACCGUUUUUUUCCAGAAAGGCUGCAGGACCUUUAUCUGUCAGAUGUGCUGUUGGGCGGAGAGGAAACAGAGCAACUGCUGGCAAACAGACUUCUAGAACUAAAAAACAGCAAAAAGAGGGGAUGAGAAGGAAACUUCGUCCUCGUGCCCAGAAAUCUUCUGCUUUCUCCAUCCACAGGUGCCAGACGAGAAAAACUACAGUGGGAAAGCACCCUAAGAAAGAAAAGCCUGAUGCUAAAAAAUUAAAAGCAAGGAGGAAACCAAAAAGGACCUUUCUGAACUCGACAGUUGUCACAGGGAUUCCUGAAAAGAGGCAGAAAGUUACAUCAGAAUCUUUUCCCAAGAAGCCAGAGCGAGCUUCUUCCAAAGUCAGGAACUGGGAAGUAAGUGGAGAUCGGGGUCACCCUAGCACUGUGAACCAACCCUCUAGAAGGACUUCUGCUAUACCAUUACUUCGAAAAUGUCUUGUUCUACCAGGUGAGAGCUAGCUACCAAAAUAACUUUUUUUAUAGCAAGCACCUGGAAAAGAUUGAGGAAGAGGAAAGGGAACAAAAGGAGGCCACAGACAAAGCAGAUGCUAAAUGCGCCCUUUCUGCUAAAGCUGCCAAAAGUGCAAAGCCAGUCUAAUGUGAAACAAGUACAAUUGUAUACUCGGUUGUUCCUGGAAUAUGGGGACAUAAUGUAUUGCUCUUCUCUACUGUGUAAAGCUGCAGAAGUUGUGCAUUGGAGUUGAAAAGCACUUGGAAUCAUCUUCACUAGACUUCACCUGUACAUCAGAAAAAUGAGCUUGAAUAGUAUCAUAUUGUUUUUAUGGUAUUAUCAGUGCAUAAUAGUGCACUAUAAUAAGGUAAAUUAGAAGAUAUAUGAAUCGUGCCUAUUCUUGUAUUUCCACCUAAUUCUAAAGUGCAAAAAAAGUCGGUUGUCAUGCUAGAAAUUAAAUUAAGAUGCGUUAAUCUGGGCUGAAUUCUGUGUAUGUAUUUUGUGUUUGUGUAUAUGCACACUUCCUUCAACACGUAAUAUAUACUUGCCAAUAGAGUGGCAUUGAAAUGAAUACAGUAUGAUACCAUUCAGAUCAGUUCGGUGCUUUCUUGAAGCAAAAUAUAAUUGUAUGUGAUUUUAUAUUGAUUUUUAUUUCCUGAAACCACGUCCAAAGCAGUUACUUUGGACAAAACAUCACUGUGGGCUCUCAUCAAGCAAUAAUGGACCAUGCUGGUAGGGAAAUAUGUCUCUCUAGGGCACCGUUCAAAUGGUGGUGGCUAAAGUGAAAUCUCAAAUUCCGAAAGAAAUGUAGGCUUAGGGUUUGGUUUUUUUUCUUUUUAAAUAGCUUAUUGAUUAAGUUUAUUGGUGAAUUUCACAUUCCUUAGUGGGGAGUAAGAACAACUAGCAGUGAGUUACUCUAGACUUUUAACCUUAAACUUGAGUUUCUGCGCUUUUAUGAAUACUAAUUGGUGUACUGUUGGUUACAUUUUUGUGUACUGUAGUUGAAACUUUCUUUAUAAACGUUCAGUAAAGUAUUUAAAUAAACCUAAAGCAGUGUCCAUCUAAAUGUAUUAGAGUCAAAAUAUCUGUUUAAACAGAUAUUUAAAUAUAUGUUAAAAAAUAUUUAGUUGAAUUAAAAUUAUAUUCCAUAGUGAUUCAUAUUUGGCCACUGAUGCUGUACUGUGAUUUUAUGGCAAAAAAGGACUGUAGUGUUCGUUUUAGUUUAUCUUUUAAUAGUUAUUAUCAUAACAGCUUAUUAAUAUGUUCAGGAGACAUAACCCCCAGUCUUUCAGACACUUCUGUGCUAUAAAAUCCAAGAUUAAUUUUUCAUUUUUAUUGUUUAGCAUAUAGUUAAGCAUAAUCACAAUCAGGGCUCUGGUUUGUAAAUCUGGAAUUUGGUAUGUUAUAUAAUCUGUCUUACUUUAAAGGUCUUUGUAAGUUCCAUAGUUGUACAAUACAUCUUUCAGAAUGCAAGAAAAACACAGGAAAGAUCAGACCCUGCCAUUGAACAGAUUAUCUGUGAAUUUUCACUUGAAAAAACAGAAUCAUUCUUGAUUUAUUUUUUGAAGUGUCAAGGGUCACUGUUCUGGCUUGAGAUAAAGGUGAACGUUGAAAUGUUGUAUUUUAAUAUACAACAUCUGAAGAAAAUGUAAAAUCAGUCAUCAUAAACCACUUGUUAAAAAUAUUUUGGGGAUUUUUUUAACGUAUGUGCGUAUUUUCCAGGAUAAAUAAAAGAUGUGCAAGUACCUAAGCCAGCUGGAAACCAAGUUCCUUUUCAAGUGAAACAUGGUCUGACAGAUUUUUUAUUUUUUUCUUAAAUUAUUUAUUUUAGUUUUGAAAUAGAAGUUGAUUUCUAUGGAUGAAUUUUCCUGUAGUUGUCAGUACACACAGGGUCUUAUGACUAUAUUGCAAGUCACUGGAAAAUGAAGGGUUAUAAUCUGAGUUCUUAUAGCCCUCUUAACUAAUUGUGCCUGUAUAAUUUAAUAUUUUGUCUAAUAUAAAACUGAUUUUUUAAAGUAAAGUUUUAAAGGAAUGGUUUUUAUAGAAAGGUGAUUUUUUAGAUAAAGCAAAAGCAGUUUUUUAAAUAAAGUUUGUUUUAAAGCAAAGCUUUAAAUUAACUCUAUAGAUAAGUUCCACUAUAACAUAUUUUUGUGAUAUAAGAAUGUUUUCUUAUCUAAUUUCUUCCAUCUUGUUUUUCACAAUACUGUACACACGAAGAGCAUGAAUUGUUUUGUCUGUGAAUAAGGUUUAAUGCACACUGUACUUUAAGAUCACUAGGACGUAUUUGUUUACAGCCAAAAAUACUGUUCUCCAUACUCAUCCAUUGCAAGCUUGUGUUUCUCCAGCACAUAACUUUUCCUUGAAACCUUGAGUAAUAAAAUAUCUUGAGUACCAUAGAAUGACUAAUAUUUUUUAGCCUGUACUGUCUGUACUGUCUUUUUUUUUUUUUUUUUUUGUAAAUAAUAGACCCCCUUUUCAGGGUGGGUAUUUUAAAAAGAAAAAUGUAUUAUAUUUAAAUAAAAGUGUAAGUAGCUGUAUAUUUUCCGUUUAAAAAAAAAAAAAAAGAGCAACAAGAAUGAAAUGUAGUGUUUUUUUUCUAAAAAGUAAGACUUGGGGCACAAGUCUGGAAACAUUUCUGUGGUUAACUGUCAAAAUAAGAUUUUCUGUAAGCUUGGUGUUAUUCUGUGGCUCACUUCUGACUGUUCAGAAACCUCUUCUGUGCAUGCUCAAUGACUGCGAGGAAAGAGGGGAGACUGUGAUAGGAAAUGUAAACGUAGACACUGCUUCGGAAAGUGAAUUGAUGAAGAUAUGUGUGAAAGAUAGAAAAGGGCAGACACUCAAAAUAUCACGUGCAUGAAGGAGAAAAUUUUUCUGGGAGCUUCAGGAAUUAGUCAAAUGCUUCCCUGUCAGAUAAAUGAUACAGAUUCUGCUGCCGUUAUUGAGUAGCGAUGUUUAGUUAGCAGAAUGGCUGAAACUUCAAAACAUGAUUGUGAAGUCUACACCAGUGGGAAACUUCAGAGCUGAAAUAACUCACUGAAACUGAUGGGAGGAUUGGUUGGGUUGGACUGAGGGGGUGGGGGCAUUUUAGGGUUUUUUUUGGUAUCUUAAUGUUUGUGGACACACGUAUUUGUCAGUGUGUUCACGUGUCUUAAUCUAGAGAAGCAAGAAAAGAGAACUGGAUUAAGGAGUAAUAAAGUCAUGCUUUCUGAAUCUAAUUGGCAGGAGUUAGAUGCAGGAUAUUUUAUAAUAGUUCAGAAAAAUGUUAUAACUGCUUCUCUGCAUAUGUAAUUUUGACCUUCUGCAAGUUCAUACUCAUGAUUUUUAUACAGUUCAUAAUCUAAAAAAAAGGUCUCUCCCCUCCCAAAAUAUUCAGCCUUUUAAGACAAUCUCAUUCUAAACAGCUUGAUUUUUAUUAUUUACUUGUGAACCCUGAGUGUGACCCAGACUCCUACUGUGCCAGGUACCAACCAACCAUGGACUAGCAAGUCCCCAAAACUUCGAAUGUCUGAUGCUUGCACGUGGCAGUUCUUCAGUUCCUUUUCUGAUAGGAUUUUUUGCAUCCAAUGUUCUCAUAAUUGUAGUACGAAAGUGCUCCUCUCUGGGGAUCAGAUAAAAUAAGGUAUUUAGUUGUAUUCAUAAUGAGACUAUGACUGAAUCUGAACUUGUAUUUAAGUUUCAUGCUAAAUCCGUGCCCAAAUAAGAAUACCCAUUCUUGUGAUUUUCAUAUUCGUGUAAUUGGUAAUGUAUUUUGCAGUGCUCUUGCUUGAUGCUGUAAUUUUCUACCUGCUUCUCUGUCUCUACUGUCUGUGGUCAUUUGGCACAAUAUGAGUUUGUAAAAAUAGAAGGAUUUUACAAACUUGUCCACUGCCUUUACUGGAUGUCCUUUCAUUGUAUCUUCAGCUCAUUUAAUUUCAGAUUUAUUGUUUCCAUGUUUUUCCUCAGUCAAGCAGUUGUGGGUUUUUUCUUGUUAUGAAGAGCUAAAUUACAGGACAGGACAUUCUGUUUGGAAUUGAGUGAGUGACAGGUAACCAAGUGGAUGGUGUCCUGAUCUGGAGUGUAGAGGACAAGCAGCUCCAUGUGCUCCUAUGCUUGGGAGUCCACUGACUUCACUGAGUAGCAUAAAACAGGAGUGGGAAGGUGAUUCUUGAUUUCUUUAGCUGUUGUAUUUUCAUUUCUCCUAGUGUAACUCUGCCUAAGAAUGGAGUAAUCUUAAUUCAUACUUAUUCUGGAAAUAGAGCAGUGUUUCAACUGUUUAUGUUUUGUGGAAAGAUAAAAAAAAGUAAAAUGUCUCACAUGCUAAUGCAAUUAAAAUCCCAGAAUUUUUGUCUUUAAUGAUUUAUCUGCUAUGAAUUACAGCAUUCCUGAUAAUCUUUUUCCAGAAAGCUUUGUAGUAGCAUAGAUCUGAGCAUGCCCAGAAGCAAAGGUUUUGUUUCUUGUUUGCUUAUGUUUUGCAGUUAAUUCAUUCCUUCAGCAGAACAAAUCUUGUUU